AUGCUAAUCAUUUUUGAAAAAUCAAAGGUUUUCAGGACAUCGAACCUGGUCACCUUCCGGCAAGGAUCUUCAAAAGCUGCUUAUGGAGGACUGAUUUUUGCUCAAGCAUUGGCAGCUGCUGAAAAUACCGUUGACGAGACGUUGAAACCACAUGCCAUGCAUUCAUUUUUCAUACUUUGUGUGAAUACAUCAAUACCCGUACAAUAUCACGUACGGCGGGUAAGAGAUGGUCGAUCUUUCUGCACGCGUACUGUGGAAGCUAUACAAGAUGGGAAAAUUGUAUUCGUCCUACAAGUCUCAUUCCAUAAGGUAAACUUUGUUUCGGAUUCACAAUUGCACAGAACUUUAUGUUUUUUCCUUUUCUAUUACUGCCGAAUUCAAGUAAAACCAGUGGUUGAAAAGAGAUUGAAGAACUACGAUAGUCGUGCUUCUCAAGACCGAGAGCUAUUUGAAGUACAAAUCAGACCAACGGAUGCCGAACGACAUUUAGGAUUCGGAAAAACGAAUCACCAAACACGAACGUUUUAUUCCUGGUUUAAAUCGAGGGGAAGCUUAGGUGAUUGCGAAAAGCUGCACAGGUACCUGGUUGCCUACACGACUGAUGCCACGAUGGCAGGAUCAGCAUAUCGCCCUCAUCUUGUCAACGACUUCAACCCAACAAUGUUGUUUUCACUUGAUCACAAUGUUUGGAUGCACAAACAUGAAAUGCGAGCUGAUCGAUGGAUGCUGUUUGAGAACACUUCAACGGUUGCAGAUCGUUACGGAGUGCUCAUUUUACUACUCAUUACUAUAUGCAUCGAUCACGAUUUCUAUCGUUCAGGUAGAGGCAGAGCAUUCAUCACUGGAAAGUUAUGGAGCGAGGAAGGCAUACUUUUGCUUAGUUGUACCCAAGAGGUCGUAUUGCGGGGCAACGGCCAAGUAUCUAGGCUAUAG